CCUACAUAUAAGAAACAAGCGAAGACGAAGAGUGAAUCAUAUUGGAAAAAAGAAGAAGAAGAAGAGAUGAUCAAAGGAGGAGGAGGAGGAAACUCUUCUGGUUACUCUUCAGAUUUGAUGGUUUGUUUUCCUUCAAGAGCCCAUUUGUGUUUACCUCCUAAAUCCAUUUGUAGCCCUUCUCAUUCCCUUAACCGCCGUCAAAACGCUCCUAAACAUCGCCGCAGCCUCAGUAAGCUCUCCGGAAGCGGCGGCGUCCACCAGAAACGCGGUGGUGGUGGCAGAGGGGAGAUGGUAGAAGAACCCACGUCGCCGAAAGUCACGUGUGCCGGUCAGAUCAAAGUCCGGCCAAGCAAACGCGGAGGAGAUGUUGGUGAAAGCAACAGCUGGCAGUCGUUAAUGGCGGAGAUUGAGAAGAUCCGUAGAAGCAAGUCGGAGAGUACGUUCUUAGGGUUCAAGAAGGAUGUCACGGGGUUCUUGACUUGUCUACGCAAUCUCCAGUUUGAUUUUCGGUGUUUUGGUGCGUUUCCUCCGGUCGAUGCAAUCUCCGACGAAGAAGAAGAAGAAGAGGAAGAUGAUGAGAGUUCGGGGACAGUCUUCUCGAAAUGGUUCAUGGUUCUACACGAAAAGCAAAACAAUGAGGAGUGUGUCGACGAUAAGAAGAAAGCGUUUUCGGACGCGGAAACUGCGGUUCCGCCGCCAAACGCGUUGUUGCUGAUGCGGUGCAGGUCUGCGCCGGUUAAGAAUUGGGUUGAGAAGGAAAUUGAAACAGAGGAAGGUAACAGAGGAUGUGACAACACUGAAAAACAGAGCGGAGAAGAAGAGAAGGUGACAGUGAGAAAGAAGAACGAUUUGAGAUCAUUGAUGGAGGAAGAGAAGAAGAUGGAUUUGGUGGUGAUGAGUUACGACACAAACUGUUACGGACUCUCUGCAGAUAUCGCCAAGGAAACUUGGGUUGUAAGUGGAAUUCAAGAUCCUCUGUUUCGAAGCCGAAGCUGGAAGAAAUGAUCUCUGCUCUCUUGAUCAUUAGUUCCUUUGUAAAAUUAAUACUUUUUUUAUAUCUUGUGAAUCUAAAGUAAGUUUUUAUCAUAACAAUAUAUAAACUUCCGGUGAAUAAA